AUGAAUGCGAUAUCGGCAACCUUGCGCUCUUCGUCGGCGGCCAUCCGAUCGCAACAGCAGCAGCAGCGGAUCAGCACUCGACAGCUUUCGCAACUCACACGCAACCAUGUCGGGUCAUCCACCAUCCGUCGCGUCGCAGCUCUCCCACGCAUCGGAAGCAUCCGAGGCUACUCGUCCCAACGCGAGGAAACAGCAAAGGACAAAUUUGCUAUCGGACCGUUCAACCUGAAAGCCGGUCUGCUGUUUCUCGUGACGGGAGCCGGUCUGCUCUACUACUUCCGAUCUGAAAAGCAAAAGGUGGAACAGAGGCGCAAAGCUGAAACCGCGGCUGCCAAGGUGGGGCGUCCACGCAUCGGUGGCCCUUUCAACCUCAUCACCUCGACAUCGCAUCCGUUCACCCACGAGGAUCUGCUCGGCAGCUUCUCUUUGGUCUACUUUGGAUUCACAAACUGUCCAGACAUCUGCCCCGAAGAACUCGACAAGAUGGGCGAAGUCGUCGACAGGAUCGACGCAAAGUACGGCAAAAAGGUCAUCAACCCGGUCUUCAUCUCGUGCGAUCCCGCGCGUGACACGGUGCCACAGCUGCAGAGGUACAUCGAGGACUUCCACCCGAGAAUGGUCGGGCUGACGGGAACUUUUGAUGCCGUCAAACAAGCGUGCAAGGCGUACAGGGUCUAUUUCAGCACUCCUCCCGGCGCUGAUCCUAUGGGCGACUACCUCGUGGACCACAGCAUCUUUUUCUACCUCAUGGAUCCAGAGGGCAAAUUCGUCGAUGCUUUCGGCAGAAGCGUCAACGCACAGGAGACGGGCGAUAAGGUCGACGCCUACGUCAAGCAGUGGAUCGACGCUGGCUUGGAGAUCAAGGAGGCUGAUGCCAGACAGAGGGUGCAGAACGACGGGCGUGAAAAGGUCGCGCUCUGA